CACUGGCAGGGGGAUGGUCCUGCCCAGUGCUGCCCUCCAGCUUGGCAUGUCCAAGGGCUGUGAGCCCGUGGUGUGCCAAAGUGGGGAACCCAGGCUGGGAUCAGAGCAUCUGGAUUGGGGCUGAACUCCCCUGAGAGAUGUCCAUGACCCCAUCCAGCUGUGGAAUUCCAGGGCAGGAAUGAGGCCAGGAGUGGCCCCAGCUGUGUGCCCUGCCAGGAAGCAUCAAAUCCCUGCUGACAGGAGCAGCACCUGGAGCUGGUGGGUGCAGGUGGGGACAGGAUUUGGGCUGGCACAGCCAGAGCCUCUGGCAGGAGCAGGAUGCUCCCAACCUUCCUGGGCAGGUACAGCCGGACAGGUAAGAGCUGCCAGGAAGGGGGGGGCUCCAACCCCAGGCUUGUGCCAGCUCCCACCUCACUGCCACCCACAGCCAGGCAGGGACCCGAGGGACCCCGAGGUGCCCGUGAACUCCAGGGUCCUGUUCCUGUCACAGGCAGCCCGGCAGCAGUGGGAUCCCAGCUCCCGCCAUCCCAGCAGAGCCUGGAGCAGCAGGAUUUGGUGCCAGAGGGUGCGAGGCAGCCACUCCUACCCCAUGAGAGACCGCACUGCUGCCCCUCUGCCCGGUGACCCCCCAGCCUCGGGGGCCUCCAACGCACGAGUGGAGACACCGAGGCUGGAGCCUUUGGUGUACCCAGCCCCUGGAACCCUCCGUGUGCCUGAUUCCCGGAGCCCUCGCUGUGCCCGGUUCCUUCUCCGUCCCAUGCCAGGCUGGGGGGGCCCCUGGCACGCCCAGCAACCACCAACGCAAAUAGCCGGUGGCUCCUCCGCCCGCUCCCUCCCGGCGCACGCUGGGGCUCCAAUUUCCCGGCGUCAGCCCCCGCCACCGCUCAGCUGUCGUCCUGCUCUGCCCUGUCACUCCGCUCGCCACGGGACCGGGCCGGCUGCCGCCCUCCCCGCGCGCCGGGCACGGGGGGCUGAGGGCUCUGCAGCCACCGGGGCCCCGGCACCGCCCGCCCUUCGGGGGGUUCUCCAGCGCAGGGCGAGAACUCCAAGCACAGGCAUGACGGAGAAGGAGGUGCCAGAGCCACCAGCUUCACCUGCUUCAGGUGGGAAACCCAAGAGCCGGCAGCUGCAGAAGCUGAAGCAACUUUUCCAGCGAAAACCCAAGGAGGAGCCGGAGCCGGCGCUGGAGCCGCAGCCCAACGGGGAGCUGGUCAGCCCCUCGGGGGGACCCAUCUACUACAUCUAUGAGGAUGACGAAGAGGAGGAAGAGGAGGAGGAGCCCGAACCCCCUCCCGAACCCGAGAAACUUGUCAAUGACAAACCCCACAAGUUCAAAGAUCAUUACUUCAAAAAGCCCAAAUUCUGCGAUGUUUGUGCCCGCAUGAUCGUCCUCAACAACAAAUUUGGCCUGAGGUGCAAGAACUGCAAGACCAACAUCCACCACCACUGCCAGUCCUACGUGGAAAUGCAGCGUUGCUUCGGCAAGAUCCCCCCCGGGUUCCGCCGGGCGUACAGCUCCCCCCUCUACAGCGACCAGCAGUACGCCGGCACCAAGGACCAGCUCUCAAACAGGAGCGACCCCGUGUUCGAGACGCUGCGGACGGGCGUCAUCAUGGCCAACAAGGAGCGCAAGAAGGGGCAGGAAGACAAGAAGAACCCCUUGGCUGCGAUGAUGGACGAGGAGUCGGAGGCCACGAAGCCGGUGGGGAGCAAAGCCGAGGGUGGUGCCUCUGAAGGGGACAAGAAGGCUGAGAAGAGCCCAACAGAUGACAAGAGCAAGAAGCCGCAGCCAGGGGCGUUCCUGCAGUCCCACUAUUUCGUGGCACUUUAUCGCUUCAAAGCCCUGGAGAAGGACGACCUGGACUUCCCGCCGGGGGAGAAGAUCACGGUGGUCGAUGACUCCAACGAGGAGUGGUGGCGGGGAAAGAUCGGUGAGAAAAUCGGGUAUUUCCCCCCCAACUUCAUCAUCCGGGUGCGGGCGGGCGAGCGGGUGCACAAGGUGACGCGUUCCUUCGUGGGCAACCGGGAGAUCGGGCAGAUCACGCUCAAGAAGGAUCAGAUCGUAGUGCAGAAGGGGGAGGAGGUGAAUGGUUACGUCAAAGUCUUCACCGGCCGCAAAGUGGGGCUGUUCCCUGUGGACUUCCUGGAGGAGAUCUGAGGGGGGCUGCGAGGGGGGGACCCCCGGGAUGGGGACAGAGACACCCCUGGGAUG